CCUGCGGCUCAGAGCGGUCGGCGCGCGCGGCAGGGGCGGGUCUCCGCGGCAGCCGUUGGGCAGGAGCGUUCCCCUGGCCGUGCCUCGCCGCCCGGCCGCGGCCAGCCAUCGCCCGGCGGCCGGAGGGGCAGCGGCGGGGGAGCCCUCCGGCGGGAGGAAGGGGCUCCCCGGCACCGGCGGAGAGCACCCCGCCCUGAGGGCUGCGGAACCCGGUGGGGCAGCGGCGCGGCGCGGCCCUGCCGCCGGCUCGUCGCUAGGGCCGGGAGCUCCCAGGCCGGGCGCCGCGCUGCCUCUGUCGCCGCGGGAAGCCGGGUGCCCGUGGUGCGUCAGGCCUGUCAGCUUUUGCAGGUACGAUGGCUCGUGUCUUCGUCUACGGCACGCUGAAGAAGGGCCAGCCCAACUACAAGCACAUGAUCAACACGGCCAAGGGGCUAGCAAAAUUCCAAGGAAGGGGCCGCACGGUGGAGAAGUACCCGCUGGUGAUCGCAGGAAAAUACAACAUUCCCUACAUGCUGAACAUCCCGGGGACGGGACACCACGUUGCCGGGGAGAUUUACUCGGUUGACGACCAGAUGCUGCAGUUCCUGGAUGAGUUUGAAGGCUGCCCAGACAUGUACCAGCGUACCCUGAUGAGAAUCGAGGUGGUGGAGUGGGAAGGGAAGGGUGGCACGGGUGAGGCGUGGGCAGCUGCCGAGGGCGUCGUGGAGUGCUUCGUGUACAGCACGACGACAUACCCGCCCGAGUGGGUCGGCCUCCCCUACCAUGACAGUUACGACUCCUCGGGGAAACACGGCCUCUCCUACGUCCUACGCGAAAGCCGGGAUUAGAAAUGGGAGAUAACACAGCCUGGCCGAAGACGUAGUACUAAGCACGUGUCGAUCGGUAACCUUUCCAGGAAAGCUGUAAUACCUUUUUAUUAAAACACAGGAUCUCUCGUAACCUUCCCAACCCGGGAGCCUUGGCGCUAGCGUUGAAGUCUUGUAGGCCCAGAGAUGGGGACUCCUCCCGGGUUAGUCAGCGUCCUCCUCGCCCCCGCUAACCUGAUGCGAGUAACUGCGUUUGCACGAGGUGUAAAGUCACUGUAUCUGUGCACGUUGGUUCUGGGGUCUUACUAGUUUCUCAGUCUCCCCCGUUGCCUCAGUGCAUGACUAAGGUCAGUGCAAGGCAGAGGAACAGGCUAAUUUUUUUUUUUUUUUUUACCUGAAUUGACAAAUUUCAUUGUGUAGUUCUCCAAGGUGGGUGGAAUAAUGAUGAUACUAUUGCACUAAUAGCUGAAACUGAUUUAAAAAAAAAAAGUCUGCAAAGUAAAGCACAACUCGCAUUUAAUAUUGACUUGUAAUGGUGUUUGGUAGGUUACUGAAUGUGAACAGGGAGAGGUGACCAUAUAGAUACUAUGCGCUUCAAGACAAAUAAGAAAUUGCUGGAGAAAGAGAGAAAAUUUACAGACUAUUCUUACUCUGUAUUGCAAUGUUUUUCUGAACUGGAAAGGAGUAUUUUUAAACCAUGUUUAGUUUUAUAAGGUACUGUGAAGAAGUAUUAAAAGAGUAAAAGAGAAUUACAUUUAAAAUUGUAUUUUUAAUUUAGCAUUCUAAGCACUUUCGGUACCACUUCAGUUCAGUGAGUGACUCUGGGAUUUGGGGGGCGGGAAGGUGUUGGGGACCAGGAAAAGCAAAGCUGAUUUCAGCUGCCCACCAGGCUACAGCGGAUGCAGCUGUUGUGAGCACUUACUGUCAAGGUGACUUUUUGCCAAGCACUUUAAUGCAGAACUUGCAACCAUAUGCACACUGAAUUUCCUGUUGUGGGGGGGAAGAUUUUAUAUAGAUUCUAAAAAAUAUCCAAAGGACCUGUAUUGUGAUUAUUACAACAUUUCAACUGGGGAAAAAAAAAAAAAAAAAGAUGGAAAGGAAGACUAUCAUCCCCCUGACCCAACCAACUGUGCUGGUUUCUGUACAAUCUGGGAGAAUCGUGGCUUUCUGUUGUUACGCUCCUGUGCCUUAUAUUUUCCUUCAGCUGCAGUGUUUGGUACAUACAGAUUGUACAGUAUACAAAGCUGCCAAAGGGAUGUGAGCAGGGAAUGUAUGCCGUGCAGUGAGCCAGAGUACGAUUAAAUGUACUAAGGAUACCACUUUUGCUUCACUGCCAGUAGCCCUGUGAUGGCCGGAGGAGAUCCGGGGUAGGGAAUCAGCCCAGGGAUCCAGGGUAAGGAAUCAGCCUAAACUUUAUCUGUAGUAGGCACUGCUGCAUCUCAUGUAGAAAAACAGAGAGAAAGCUUGUGUUGCUGCAGUAAGCAAAUUAAGUCAUUUUAAAGUAGAAUACUUGUGUCUUUUUACAAUACUUGGUUUUUUGGUAAGGGCAGCCUGCAGAAGCUGAACUGUGCUCCUGUUGGAAGGGGCAAGAUGGCAUUAAGAAGAUUAGGAGGAGGAUCUGCAGGGCGUCUGCCUCAGUUUCUCCAACUGCAAAAGCAUUAAUUUUCCUGGAGGGCAGGUAGUACCCAAACACUCUCCUUACUCAUCUUGAUGGGUUUUGUAAAAUAAUUAACAAAGCAGAUCCCUGUACUACAUUACUCCCCCUUGGCCAUGCAAUGUAGUUGUCAGUGUCUCAGUAACAUGAAAAAUGCCUCUUCAAUCAGAAGGUUCAAGCAGAAUCAUGAACCUUUCUGGUCAAAUACAAGUCACCAGGCCUGUCACAGACUGUUUUCAUCCUUCACCUUCCGGUAGAGGACCCAGGUGCCUCUGGCCAGAGGUGUGGGGCGGUUUCUGGGAAGUAGCAUGACUUUGCACGUCCUAGGCAAGAAAAUAAGAGCAGGUCCCCUCCUCUCAUUUGGGGUAGUGGCCAAGGCACAGCAGAAAUGGUGACUUAGCUGUAGGAGGUGAGUGGGCAGCAGCGGAGACCUAGACAAGAUCACAGGGACAGGGAUGAUGCUUGCAAUGUGCAGGGACCGUGGAGGUAUCACUGCAUCUAGUGAGCUGCUGACUUAGAGAGCCUCUGUUAACCACACACUAAUAUUUUGAACCCAGUAAACUUCUGCUGUCUACACCUUCUUGUGCCAUGGAGUUCCUGAGCAAGGAGGGGGGAAAAAAAAAAUACAUCAUCUUACCUGUUCUGAACGAAGUCAUCAUCCCUCUUGCUUCUGUUCAAGUCUCUUAAAUCUUCCUCCUCCCCAGGCCCUCUCUAGUUUCCCAUACUGGAUACACAGCUCUUCCAGCAGGAUACAGUCCUGUAUCAUGAACAGUCCUAGUUCUUCGCACAGUGUUUAGUAAGAGCCUCUGCACAACAAAACAUCAGACGCUUGGUCUCCCUUUCCUGUAAGAGUUCAGGAGGAGGCUUGGCCUGAGGGACAGCAAGCGCCUCUAGCGAUACCUUGGGGUGGCAAAGGGGAUUCAAGGACAGCGCCAGCUCCUGUAAAGGCUUGCAACCAGUAAUCGAUAGAAAGAAGAUAAAGGGAGGGGGAAAUUUGAGUAUGGAGUCUGAAUAAAAGAAGAAAAUUCCCUUACAACUGUAAGUGAAAAUACAUGGGGGAAGUCUGCAAUUUAAAUCUAGUCUAUACAAAGGCUUCAAAAUAUUACAACGAACCUGAUCAGAAUUUAAGCCAUCAGCAGUACUUGUUCAGCACUGACACAGAGUGUAGGAAAACUGGUGAGUUCACUCAGUGGGUAAUUUUUCACUCUUACCAACCAUUCUGUACAGUUUGGCUGGGGCCUCAAACCAGUGAGACUGCCAUGGAGAAGACAAAUCGGAUUUGGGCUUUUGUUGUGUGUUCUUUUUUUUUAAAAAAGAGGCUUUUUCUGUUUUAAAGCAGAAAUGGUAUUUUAUUGAUUUUAUUUGAUCCUGAAAAAUCAAAGAAUUACAAAGGUUAUGUACAAGUAUUUCUGGAAGUAAGAAUCUGGGAUCUGUUGCCAAGGUUUAACAUCUGUGUUUGCUGUCUUAACCACUGAUACAAUAAAUAUGACUGUAUAAAA